AUGGCAUUGCGCUGUGUGCUCAGUAUCACGGAGGAAAUUCCGUGUGGUUUUUUCAGUGCUGCUGCUGCUACAGAAGAUAUGGAGUGUUCGUACUUGAAGAAGCAGGAAAACAGGGACGUCCACGUCGAGGAGGGCAGAAACAAAAAGAGCCCAUGUUUGGACAAACAUGGUCUUCUUUUACCACCCGCAUCUGAAUCAAUUUGUACCUUUGAAGCCUCUGAGCACUUUAAAGUGGGUCGAUUUCAUGAAAUUGAUCACUGCAAGCUUUCACCCGUUUCCCCAGUUCAACUAAAAUCUGUCCGCAUUGUAAUGGUCAGUGACAUAGGGGAGCACCAGGUGUCGCUAAGGUACCCGAGCCUCCAAUCUCUUCGCACGCACUUCAGCGACCAAAACUUCGGGAAGCCAGACGGGAAGAAGAUUCCUGCACUCGACGAGAAGUACGUUAUGGGGUUGGACUUCGCCAUCAAAGCGCUAAACAGAAGCAUCCCAACCGAGGAAUUUUCACAUAAGAGAAAUUCCUGGGGCUUCUGGGUCUCUUCCUCUAAAGAAAACAUUCAAGGCUCUGAAAAUCCAUCUCUCACCGAUGUCAACCUGAUUUCUAAGCAAGGGUCAUGCUGGUCUCAGCUUAAGUUCCCAGGGAUGAUGCAGUGGGGCCAACGCCGGCAAGUUCGGUUCUUGGGCCGUCAUGAGGAGCGAAAAGUUGAAACUUUACCCGAACUAUGUAAGGAAAAAGUGGUCAGUGUUGAACACAUAGAAGGGACUAGUGAGAAGAAGAGGAAGAAAUGGAAAGAAGAAACGGAGGCUGCUAAGGCAGAGUCUUUUGGGGUAAUGAGGAUGACUCGUCAAUGUAAGAGAAAUGAUCAAAAUGUGAGUAGUAGCACUGGUGUUUCAAAAUCUAAGAAAUCAAAUAAUGACGCCAAAAAGCAGCAGCUCGUGCUUUACAGCAAAAACAAGCGAAAAAUCUUAAUUGACAGAUGGUCUGCUGAGAGGUAUAAGUUGGCAGAGGAGAACAUGUUGAAGGUAUUGAAGGCAAAAGGAGCUGCAUAUGGAAACCCAAUAUUGAGGCCAGACUUGAGAUCAGAAGCACGAAAGCAUAUUGGGGACACGGGUUUACUAGAUCAUUUGCUGAAGCACAUGGCUGGAAAAGUGGCACCCGGUGGAGCAGAAAGAUUCCGACGGCGGCACAAUGCUGAGGGUGCAAUGGAAUACUGGUUAGAGAGUGCUGAUCUUGUUGAUAUUAGAAGGGAAGCAGGGAUCCAAGACCCUUACUGGACUCCUCCCCCUGGAUGGAAGCUGGGGGACAGCAUUUCACAAGAUCAAGUCACUAGUAGAGAACUCCGAGAGAUCAAGGAAGAAAUCCUCAAGUUGAAACAAGAUAUGCGGGAGCUCGCAUCAAAGAAGGGAGAGGAAGCACUGGCCAUUGUGACUACUCCUAGCUCCUGUUUGUCUAGCUUGAAUUCGGAGGACUAUGUUUCCUUGGUUCCAAAGCAGGAGAUAUAUGCGGAACUGGUGAAUAAGAAGACUAAAAUUGAGGAACAACUGAAAGAAAUUUCGCUGACUUUGAACGGCAUGGAGGAGCAACUGGGAAUGCUGAAACCAAUAGUAGAAGAACCGAUAAUGUCAGAAUCAGUAAAGCCACCAGCAUUAUUGUCCGGACCAACAUCAGUGGCAGAAAACAUUGGUGGAGAGACAAGGAAGGAAAAGAAAGCUAAUAAAAACAAAGCGACAAAAUCAGUGGAUACACAAAUGCAAGAAAACAGUACAGCUGAAGACAAGGCAGCAAAGAUAGAAAGGCUGAAAAGUGGUUUCCAAAUUUGCAAGCCACAAGGGACCUUUGUAUGGCCAAAUAUAGGUGUCUCUCCCAACUUUGUGGCCAACCUUGAAGAUCACAGUGUGGUCCCAACCCCAUCAUCAGCUUCCUCUUCUACCACCGAAGCUCCGAAGCUCGUUUCCAAACCUCAAACUGAUCAGCACCUGCCAUUGCCAACACCUAACCCUUCUUCCCCUGUAAAGCCACUAGCAGAGAGGCGCCCUGUGAGCACAGCUACUUUGACCCACGUCACUGGUCCCUUUUCCCCUCGUCUUUCUCCACCAUUAGGGACCCCAAGAUCCAAAGUCACCUCCACCGUUAUUAAGAACGCCUCUUCUAUUAACCUCAACGAGGCCCCUCUGACCCCAGAGUAG